UUUUAAAAUCCCCCAACAAUUUUCUGCUUGGAUAGGGAAGCUAGGGGGCUUUAGUGUAUGACACUCAAUCUCCAAUGUCUUCACCGCGAUUGCAAUCACAUCCAUUUUUCAAUCCAUCUAAAACCAACCCUAACCUAAUCUUCUCAAAAUCCCCAUUUUUUCUUCCUUAUUUCUCAACCCUAAUCCGUAAUUAUAAUCCGAAACCCAAUGCCUUGUCGUCGUCUCUCCAAGAAUUCCCCCCAAAUGCCCUUCGCCGUAAAACCAAUCCACAAUGUACAGUAGGGUUCAGCCUAGGCGUGGAUUUGGGUUCAUCACGUACCGGUCUUGCCCUUAGCAAAGGUUUCUCCGUUCGUCCACUCACGGUUUUGAAAUUGAGAGGACAAAAACUUGAGCUACAACUGCUUGACAUGGCUGAAAGAGAGGAGGUUGAUGAAUUUAUAAUUGGAAUCCCUAAAUCUUGGGAUGGAAAGGAGACCCCUCAAUCGAACAAAGUUCGUAGUAUUGCCGGACGGCUAGCGGUUCGAGCUGCCGAGAGGGGUUGGAGAGUGUAUCUACAAGAUGAACAUGGGACAUCAUCAGAAGCUGCUUACAGGAUGAUUAACUUGGGUCUCAACAAGUCUGCACGCCAAAAAACCUCCGAUGCAUAUGCUGCUGUGAUAUUACUAGAGAGAUACUUUGCCAUUUCCGGUGAGGACAUUGAGAUUGUUUUGCCGAAACAGAUUGAUUUGCAAGAAAAACUUAGAAAGGGUACACCACUGGACAUCGAUUUUUCACCUGAAGAAUUUGUUGAUUGAUAAUACCUUCCCCAACCAGAGCAAAACACCUGGCACCACCGGUUAUAACUCGGUCAAGUUCUGAGUUUGGUCCCUCUACUAUAUUCAAAUUUUGUAUUUAACCUCUAUGUUUUAAUUUAGUUUUUCUGGGUAAGGCAAAUUUUAUUGAAUAAGCAAUUUAGAACCAACUUAGACUUUAAUUUGGUAUAAUUUUCUCAAUCUAUUUUUGUAAUUUCUUUAGUUAAUCUAAAUAGUUAAUAUUGUUAAUUAAUGUGUAACUAGCAUUUUUUUUGGGGGAAUAUACAAUUGUAAAAUUUUGAGGUGGCCAAAGCUAAAAACGUUGUGUUAGAAA